AUGAGUGAGAAAAUCGCCCAACCACCAGAGCCCGCCCUGUGUCGCUACCUCUCAUCACCUCACAUCCUCGAAAAUGGCGCUACCCAGGCCCCGGCGCCCGAAAUUGACUACUACGCACUCCUAUCCAUUCCCCCGGCCGCUACCGAGUCCGAGAUUCGGCGCGCCUACCGCAAAACCUCCAUCCUCUACCACCCAGACAAGGUAGAGCCCACCCCAGCCAACCUCGACAAGUUUCACCAACUCCAAAUCGCGCUAAAUACCCUUACCGACCCCGAAGAGAAGGCCAAAUAUGACCAAGGCAGACAGGCGAAGUUAAGGCGGAAAGCGGAGAAUGAUGCGCUCGACUUGCGGACACGUCAAUUGAAGGAGGACCUGGAGCGGAGGGAGGCGGAGGGCGCGCGGGCCAACGGGAAUGGCGCGACGAAUGGUGUCAAGAGGGCGUGGAGCGAGCGGGAACUGGAGAUCAAUCGCAUUCGGGAAGAGAAUCGACGGCGGAUGGCUGAGAUGGGUGCGGCAAGGGUGCGGGAGCGCGAGAGAAGGGAACGGGAAGCAGAAGCUGCAGCGGCAGCGGAAGCGGAAGCAGCGGAAGAACAGGAACGCGAGAGCUCGAAGACGUCCAGGGAGGACGCUGAGUCGAAAGUUGACGAUGCACAACCAUAUGGCAAACCAAACAACCCCAGCACCCCAGCCUCAGACGACGAACUCCAACGGUGCGUCAAAGUCCGCUGGUUUAAGGGCAGCGGCGGCCUCGACAUAGAUCAGGAGGCCCUCGAAGAUCGAUUUCCAGCAGGGGAGGUCGAAAGCGUAGUGAUACUCAAGGACAAGAAGAAGAAGCGGCGGAUAGAUGGGGGAAACGACAAAGUCGUCAUGGGUACUGCAGUCAUCGUAUUCUCGACGCUGGCUGCUGCGAAAGCUGCGGUCAAGGCCGGACCGUGGGUCGAUGUCGAGAGCGUGGAGUGGGCCGUCAGGGCGGGCUCUGAAGAUUGA